AUGUUAGCUGAUGAUCGUUAUCGUCAAUUGAUGAGUGUUUCCAGAAAACAUGUCGGGUAUGGAUUAUGGUUAGGCCUUAUUGUUCCUUCUCUCCUCCUAAAAACUGGACAUAAAUCACUCAGCCUUGAAUUCUUUAUAUCUCCUUUAAUUACAAUAUUUCUUUUAAAAACAAAUAAUUCCAGACUAAUUAUCAUUCCGUUAUGUUUAUGGGUAGGAUGCUCUAAUUAUACAAGCGUUAUCACAGUAAUCCGUCCUUUGUUUACUAAUCUUUUUAUAUUUAGUUUUUUUUGUGAAUUGCUCAGUCUGUUUCCUUUUUCAUUUAGUUUUGGUGAAGCUCUGCUGCUUGCUCAACUCUGUGCCGUAUUUAUCAUCACAGAGUGCAAUUUUUUGAUACCCUUCUUAAUGCUUUAUCUAAUUGAGCGGUAUUCUGUUAGCUUUUCAUUGAAAAAUGCUUCUUUGAUGGCGUUCAUCCUAUCGAUUUUUAGUGGAUGUUGCUGGUUUUCUUUCUGUCGUACACAAAUUCCGAGCAGUUUUAUUGUGGAUCAAAUUUAUCAAUGUUUCAUUUCUUCAACGAACUUUAGUUUAUUGAUGUUUUGGUUGGGUCUUUUUAGUUUUUGUGUUUAUGUGACUAUUGUUUCUCGCCAGUCUAAUACCUUGUGUCAAACUGCCAAUAUUUCGGAAUUUUAUGAUUGUCCUCCUCCUUUAUCGUCACAAGAGUCAGAUUUCUCCGAUCAAAGUGAAUAUUUUGAGGUGUGUAACGAAGAUUCAUCAUCAUCGUCAUCAUCAGGAUGUGAUACAACUUUGAGUUUGUCAAUUGAUAGUGCGAAAAGAUUUAAAGUUCGUAAACUGUUUCAUUUCGCUGCUGGUCUUGUAUAUACAUCUGGUUUACUCUAUUCACCUCAUCUGCUAUCUUUAGCUUCUGUCUGUCUGCUGAUUGUAUUUUGGUGUUUCGAAUGGAUACGAAGACGAGGGCCUUAUCGCCUUUCAUCUUACUUCAGUGCUUUAGUGGAUCCAUUUCGGGAUGAAAGAGAUUCCGGUGAAAUUCUCUUCACGCCUAUUGCUCUUUUACUCGGCCUAAGCAUUCCUAUUUGGUGGCCGGAAAAUUUAAAGACCACUGAUAUAACAGUUAGUAUUAAUCAUUUAUGCUAUGAAAUGCGUGUACAGCCGACAUCAUGGACAGGGAUAUUGUCUAUAGCUAUAGGGGAUAGUUUUGCUGCAUUAAUUGGAAAGGCUUAUGGUAAACGUUGCUGGCCUGGAUCACAUCGAACCUUCUUAGGAUCUUCAGCUUCGUUUUUAUCGCAGAUUAUUGCUUGGACUGGUCUGUCCUACUAUUAUUCUUGGUCGUGGAAAUCAGGCGUUAUACCACUGUUGUGUGGAGUUGUCGUUGAAGCGUACACUGAACAGAUUGAUAAUUUAGUUGUACCGCUUGUUGUCAUGUUCAGUUUUCUCUUUGCCAAUACUAACUAUACCAGUUUUGUCUAUAAUAUCAUCUCAUAG